AUGUCUUCCCAAUUUCAGAAUUUUGGGGAGACAGUAGAAAAGGUCGGAAUUGAUUUAUUUAAAUGCGGUUCUAAACCGUUAAAACUAAUUUGUAAUUCGACAAAUUUGUCGGCAAACGAAGUGUCUCAGUCACUUGUAUUAUUAAUUAAUUUUGGAAUUGUUUCUUUUAAUUCAUCGAAACUCUCAUACGUUGCUGAUUACAAAUUAAAUCCGGAAAAAAUUUUGUUAAUACUUCGUUAUCCCAAGUAUCUGAUGUUAAUGAAAACUUUGUAUGGCAAUGAAGCAGAAAUUAUUGUGGAAGAAAUAUUAAAACAUGGUAGAGAUACUGCAUCCUGUAUUUUAUUGAGAUCAGUGAAAAGAUUGUCGAAUGUAGAUUCCGAUAAAGAUGAAGCUAUAAAAAUUCAAAGAGUUAGAGAUAUAUUUGAAAUGUUAAUAAAUAAACAAUACAUCAAGAGCUCUCCUAAGGUUGUUAAAAAGAAAAACAUACCUGAAUUGACUGAAGACCCGAUGAAUAUGCCUAAAUUGUGUGAAGCUUAUUCAAAAGGUGAACUUCUACCUAAUAAUGAUUCAUUUUGGGAAAUAAAUUUUGAUAGAUUCCAUCAAGAUAUGAGGGAUGAUCUUUUGGUACUUUCAAUGACAAGAAAAAUAAAUUCUCUUGGAGGAGAAAUAAUGAAAUUAAUUUUACAACAAAUGUACUUACAAAGUAAUCCUACUGCAGCUAUAUCUAAUCCAUUACUAGUCUCAGAACUUAAAAAUGUUUGCUCCAGGUCAAUGACAAACAAAAAUGCAACACAACAUUUAGAAGACUAUUUGGAUAUAAUGAUCACCUUCCAUGUCUUCANNNNUAUUUUUUAUUAUGCAAACAUGAAACAUUAUAAACAUUUUUUAUGUAUGUACUUAAGACUGAUAAGGGAACAGGAAUAUAUAGAACAAGAUGAAAUUCAAAAAAAAGCCAUGUUACCCGAUAAAGAAGCAAAAUUUUUAACUUAUUCAUUACUUCAAUCAGGUUGGAUUCAACAGCAUGAAUUAAAGAAAAGUUUGCAAAAAUCUGGGCCGACAAAAACCUUUUAUUUAUUUUGUAUUGAUUUUGAUCAGGUUGUUAGAAUGUACAUUGAAGCAUGUUAUAAAAGUUUAUAUAAUAUAAUAACUCUCAGGGAACAAGAAAAAAUAGAUAAUAAAUGUUUACUUGAAAAAAAACAAAGAAUCGAUGCUAUCAUUUUACACAUGAAAAAAGAAGGGGCUACUGAUGAACAAGUCGUAGAGAUUGAAGAAAUGGUUACACCGCCUGAACAUAGUUUGUUGGAAAAAAUUCAUUUGAAUGUCAAUAAAGUUUCACAGGCAGAGCUUCAAGUGGAUGAAACUCUAUUCAUAUUACAACUUUGCCUCAAUUAUAAAAAUUAA